GGAAGUGGUGGAAGUGGAACUUCUAGCCUUCUAGAACACUGUCCACGGAAUAGUUGUUUUCCUCUAGCAACAAUGGCCUACUGGUUGCAAGAGAAUUUUUCUUUAUCGCGCAUUUGACUUCAUUGAUUACAUCGCUGUGGACUUGCAAAUGGUUUAAGUCAAAUCUUAUGGCAUAGGCUCCCCGUACUAAGGCUGCGGUGUGCUGUUGGUACGUGUCAUCAUGGCAUCUAGCCCGAAAAGUACAUAUUUAGACGAUCUAAAAAAAUCGGCAUCAGUGGAAGCGGGUUCUGCCGUGGGAGAGGAAACGAGCGAAGCUUCCGAAGAAAAGUUUUUCGGCACUGACCCUGAGAACGCUGAGGACGAUGGCGAAGAGGACUUGUAUGUUAUAGAUGAGGAGGAGCUCGAGAAUCUGGAGAAGACCAUGACCGAUGAUGAGAAAAAGGCCAACAAGGAACGUGCACUAAAUCUUAAAGGAGAUGGCAAUGUGAGCUUCAAGACAGGCCAGUACCUUGAUGCGAUGGAGGCUUACACAGAAGCAUUGAAGAUAUGUCCCCUCUCCUCCAUAGAAGAACGCUCUGUUCUGUAUUCAAAUAGAGGUGCCACAUGGGCUAGGCUGGAGAAGAACAAAUUGGCUAUAAAAGAUUGCACAAAAGCCAUUGAGCUGAAUCCCUCCUAUUUAAAGCCUGUCUUGAAGAGGGCUUGGCUUUACAAGGCAAAAAAUCUGGAUGAGGCUUUGAAGGACUACCAACGUGUCCUGGAGCUGGAUCCCAGCAAUGGAGAAGCGAGACAUGCAUGCAUGACUCUACCUGAUGAAAUCAAGGAGAGAAAUGAGAAAUUACAAGCUGAAAUGAUAGAUAAGUUGAAGGAGCUUGGCAACCUUGUUCUAAGGCCCUUUGGUAUGUCAACUGACAACUUCAAGCUUACAAAAGAUGGGGAAGGGGGUGGGUACAAAAUACAGUUUCAGAAGUGAAUGUAUUGUAAAGUGAAACCAAAUAAAAUAAACACAUUU